CGGAGUGCGCGCGCCCGCGCCGAUGUGUGUGAGUGCGUGUCCUGCUCGCUCCAUGUUGCCGCCUCUCCCGGUACCUGCUGCUGCUCCCGGGGCUGCGGGAAAUGCGAGAGGCUGAGCCGGGGAGGAGCAACCCGAGCAGCAGCGGCGGCGGCGGCGGCGGCGGGAGGAGCCCCCCAGGAGGAGGACCGGGAUCCAUGCGUCUUUCCUGGUGACUAGGAUGUCGUCGGAGGAGGACCGGAGCGCUGAGCAGCCGCAGCCGCCGCCACCACCCCCCGAGGAGCCGGGCGCUCCAGCCCCGAGCCCCGCAGCCGCAGACAAAAGACCUCGGGGCCGGCCUCGCAAAGAUGGCGCUUCCCCUUUCCAGAGAGCCAGAAAGAAGCCUCGAAGCAGAGGAAAAUCUACAGUUGAAGAUGAAGACAGCAUGGAUGGACUGGAGACGACGGAAACAGAAAAUAUUGUGGAAACAGCAGACAUCAAAGAACAAUCUGCGGAAGAGGAUGCUGAAGCAGACGUGGACAGCAGCAAACAGCCAGUCCCAGCUCUUCAGCGGUCUGUGUCUGACGAAUCUGCAAACUCCCUGGUCUCUGUUGGUGUAGAAGCCAAAAUCAGUGAACAGCUCUGUGCUUUUUGUUACUGUGGGGAGAAAAGUUCCUUAGGACAAGGAGACUUAAAACAAUUCAGAGUAACACCUGGACUUACCUUAGCUUGGAAAAACCAAUCUUGUAACAAGGAUAUGGAUGAAAACAGCAGCAGGACCUAUGAGAAAACGCAGAACUCAGCUCCACGGAAGCAAAGAGGACAGAGGAAAGAACGAUCUCCUCAGCAGAAUGUAGUCUCUUGUGUAAAUGUAAGCACUCAGACGUCUUCUGAUGACCAGGCUGGUAAAUUAUGGGAUGAACUCAGUCUGGUUGGCCUUCCAGAUGCCAUUGAUGUCCAAGCCUUAUUUGAUCCCACAGGCACUUGCUGGGCUCAUCAUCGAUGUGUAGAAUGGUCACUGGGAGUAUGCCAAUUGGAAGAACCCUUAUUAGUGAACGUGGACAAAGCUGUUGUCUCAGGGAGCACAGAACGUUGUGCGUUUUGCAAGCACCUUGGAGCCACUAUCAAAUGCUGUGAAGAGAAGUGUUCGCAGAUGUACCAUUACCCCUGUGCGGCAGGGGCCGGUGCCUUCCAGGACUUCAGUCACUUCUUCCUUCUCUGUCCAGAACACAUUGACCAAGCUCCUGAAAGAUCAAAGGAAGAUGCAAACUGUGCGGUGUGCGACAGCCCGGGAGACCUGUUAGAUCAGUUCUUUUGUACUACUUGUGGUCAGCACUAUCAUGGAAUGUGCCUGGAUAUAGCAGUUACUCCAUUAAAACGUGCAGGUUGGCAGUGUCCUGAAUGCAAAGUGUGCCAGAACUGCAAACAAUCGGGAGAAGAUAGCAAGAUGCUAGUGUGUGAUACGUGUGACAAAGGGUAUCAUACCUUUUGUCUUCAACCAGUUAUGAAAUCAGUACCAACCAAUGGCUGGAAAUGCAAAAAUUGCAGAAUCUGUGUCGAGUGUGGCACACGGUCUAGUUCUCAGUGGCACCACAAUUGCCUGAUAUGCGAUACUUGUUACCAACAGCAGGAUAAUUUAUGUCCUUUUUGUGGAAAGUGCUGUCAUCCAGAAUUGCAGAAAGACAUGCUGCACUGUCAUAUGUGCAAGAGAUGGGUUCACUUAGAAUGUGACAAAUCAACAGAUCAUGAACUGGAUUCUCAGCUCAAAGAAGAGUAUAUCUGCAUGUAUUGUAAACAUUUAGGAGCUGAGAUGGAUUCCUUACAGCCAGAAGAUGGAGUGGAAAUGCCUGAACUCCCUACAGAUUAUCCCAAUGGAAUGGAAAUCGAAGGACCUGAAGACCAAAUGAUAUUUCUGGAGCAAACGGUUAAUAGAGACGUCAGUGGUCAUGAAUCUACACCUGGAAUUGUUCCAGAUGCAGUUCAAGUCAACACUGGAGCGCAGCAGAAGAGUGAUCCCCCAGGAAGCCCUGGCACAGGCGUUCUUCUUACUUCUGAAUCUCCCAACAUUAAAAUGAAUCCUGAAUUGGAAAAUGAGAUUACUCAUGAAAUUGAUAGUGAAAAAAUGGAAAUGAUUUCUAAAGUGAUGCCUGUUUGUGGUGAAGAUCAAAAUGAUGAGAACAUGGAUGUGACAGAAAACAUUGAAGUUCUGCCGCAUCAGACCCUUCUGCCUCAUGAGGAGCUACAGUUGGUGGAAGACCCUAAGGUGGGGGUGGCUAAAGAUGAAUGGGGCCCUCCAGAGCCCACCACUGACUCUGUUCUCCCAGAAACCUUAGUGUCCCCACAUGAGGAAAGAACUUCUUUGUCUUGUGAGGAACAGUUGGUGACAGAAAGCGUACAAGAAGAAAUGGAACAGAAAAAAAAUUCUGAAUUUCCCACUGAGUGCAUGGAUUUUGAAAUGACUCCUGCUGUUGACAGUUGUGUGACAGAUAGCUCAUGCCAAGGAGACCAGUCCAUAAGAUUACCGGCUGAGGCACAGUCACCGUCUUUUUCAUCAGCAGACAUUUGCAAGGCAGCUGUGUCUUCCUCUUCAACACUUUGUUCAGACUUGCCUUCACAUGACAUGCUUCAUGGUUACCAUUCAGCUCUCAACUCUGCUGCUGGAAACAUCAUGCCAACAACUUACAUCUCAGUCACUCCAAAAAUUGGCAUGGGUAAACCAGCAAUUACCAAAAGAAAGUUUUCUCCUGGUAGACCCCGAUCUAAACAGGGGGCUUGGAGUAACCAUAAUACAGUGAGCCCACCUUCCUGGUCCCCAGACAUUUCAGAAGGCCGGGAAAUUUUUAAACCCAGGCAGCUUUCUGGCAGUCCCAUUUGGAGCAUCAAAGUGGGCCGUGGGUCUGGAUUUCCAGGGAAGCGGAGACCUCGUGGUGCAGGGCUAUCAGGACGAGGUGGCAGAGGCAGGUCCAAACUAAAAAGUGGAAUUGGAGCUCUUGUAUUACCUGGGGUAUCUGCUGCAGACAUUUCUUCAAGUAAAGAUGAAGAAGAAAACUCUAUGCACAAUACGGUUGUUUUGUUUUCUAGUAGUGACAAGUUCACCUUGCAUCAGGACAUGUGUGUGGUUUGUGGCAGUUUUGGCCAAGGAGCAGAAGGAAGAUUACUGGCCUGUUCUCAGUGUGGUCAGUGUUACCAUCCGUAUUGUGUCAGUAUUAAGAUCACUAAAGUGGUUCUUAGCAAAGGUUGGAGAUGUCUUGAGUGCACGGUGUGUGAGGCCUGUGGGAAGGCGACUGACCCAGGAAGACUCUUGCUGUGUGAUGACUGUGACAUAAGUUAUCAUACCUACUGUUUAGACCCUCCGUUGCAGACAGUUCCCAAAGGAGGCUGGAAAUGCAAAUGGUGCGUGUGGUGCAGACACUGUGGAGCGACGUCUGCAGGUCAGCGGUGUGAAUGGCAGAACAAUUACACGCAGUGUGCUCCUUGUGCCAGCUUGUCUUCCUGUCCGGCCUGCUGUCGGAACUAUAGAGAAGACGACCUUAUUCUGCAGUGUAGACAAUGCGAUAGAUGGAUGCAUGCAGUUUGUCAAAAUUUAAAUACUGAAGAGGAAGUGGAAAAUGUAGCAGACAUUGGUUUUGAUUGUAGCAUGUGCAGACCCUAUAUGCCUGCGUCCUAUGUGCCUUCCUCUGACCGCUGCGAAUCUUCACUCGUAGCACAAAUUGUCACCGAAGUCAAAGAGCUAGAUCCACCUAAGACCUACACCCAGGAUGGUGUAUGUUUGACUGAAUCAGGGAUGACUCAGUUACAGAGCCUCACAGUUACAGUUCCAAGAAGAAAACGGUCAAAACCAAAACUGAAAUUGAAGAUUAUAAAUCAGAAUAGUGUGGCUGUCCUUCAGACUCCUCCAGACAUUCAAUCAGAGCAUUCAAGGGAUGGUGAAAUGGAUGAUGGUAGAGAAGGAGAACUUAUGGAUUGUGAAGGAAAAUCAGAAUCUAGUCCUGAGCGAGAAGCUGUGGAUGAUGAAACUAAGGGAGUAGAAGGGACAGAUGGGGUAAAAAAGAGAAAAAGAAAACCAUACAGACCAGGUAUUGGUGGGUUUAUGGUGCGGCAAAGAAGUCGAACGGGACAAGGAAAAGCCAAAAGAUCUGUGAUCAGAAAAGACUCUUCAGGCUCUAUUUCUGAACAGUUACCCAACAGAGAAGAUGGUUGGAAUGAGCAGUUACCAGAUGCUCUAGUCCAUGAAUCUGAAAAAAUGAAGAAGAGAUACCGAAAAAGGAAAAAUAAGCUUGAAGAAACGUUCCCUGCUUACUUACAAGAAGCAUUUUUUGGAAAAGAUCUUCUGGAUACCAGCAGACAAAGCAAGCUGAGUUUAGACAACCUGUCAGAAGAUAGGGCUCAGAUUUCAGAUACAGCAGGGUUCUUGACUCCUUCAGAUCCACUGCUGAGUUCAUCCUCUGCUUCAACAAAACCUGGAACUCGGGGUACUGCUGAUGACCCAUUAGCUGAUAUUUCUGAAGUCUUAAACACAGAUGAUGACAUUCUUGGAAUCAUCUCAGAUGAUCUUGCAAAAUCAGUUGAUCAUUCAGAUAUUGGUCCUGUUGCUGAUGAUCCUUCCUCCUUGCCUCAGCCAAGUGCCAGUCAGAGUUCGAGACCACUAAAUGAGGAGCAGCUAGAUGGGAUCCUCAGUCCUGAGCUGGACAAAAUGGUCACAGAUGGAGCAAUUCUUGGAAAGUUAUAUAAAAUUCCAGAGCUUGGUGGAAAGGAUGUCGAAGACUUGUUUACUGCUGUACUUAGUCCUGCUGCCGCUCAGCCAACUCCAUUGCCACAACCUCCCCCUCCACCACAGCUACUGUCAAUGCACAGUCAGGAUGUUUUUUCGCGGAUGCCACUCAUGAAUGGCCUUAUUGGACCUGGUCCUCACCUUCCACAUAAUUCUUUACCUCCUGGAAGUGGAUUGGGAACUUUCCCUGCUAUGGCACAAUCCCCUUAUGCUGAUGCCAGGGAUAAAAAUCCAGCAUUUAAUACCAUUGCAAGUGAUGCUAACAGCUCUUGGGCACCAUCAGCUCCCACAAUGGAAGGAGAAAAUGAUGCCAUGUCAAACACACAGAGGAGCACACUCAAGUGGGAGAAAGAGGAGGCUCUGGGGGAAAUGGCAACAGUAGCACCAGUUCUCUACACAAACAUUAACUUCCCCAGUUUAAAGGAAGAGUUCCCUGAUUGGACUACUCGAGUGAAGCAGAUUGCUAAGCUGUGGAGAAAAGCAAGCUCUCAGGAAAGGUCACCAUACGUGCAAAAAGCAAGAGAUAACAGAGCUGCUUUACGCAUUAAUAAAGUCCAGAUGUCAAAUGAUUCCAUGAAAAGACAGCAACAGCAAGACAGCAUUGAUCCCAGCUCUCGCAUGGACGCAGACCUUUUUAAAGAUCCUUUAAAGCAAAGAGAAUCAGAGCAUGAACAGGAGUGGAAAUUUAGACAGCAAAUGCGUCAGAAGAGUAAGCAACAGGCUAAGAUUGAAGCCACACAGAAGCUGGAGCAGGUGAAGAAUGAGCAGCAGCAGCAGCAGCAGCAGCAGCAGCAGCAGCAGCAGCAACAGCAGCAGCAGCAGCAGCAGCUGCAAGGUUCUCAGCACCUUUUAGUACCUUCUGGUUCAGAUACUCCAAGUAGUGGAGCACAGAGUCCCUUGACACCUCAGCCUGGCAAUGGAAAUGUGUCUCCUGCCCAGACAUUCCAUAAAGACCUAUUCUCCAAACAGCUACCCAGUGCCCCUGCUUCUACACCUUCAGAUGAUGUGUUUGUCAAGCCACAACCUCCACCCCCUCCUGCAACGCCAUGCCGGAUACCCCUUCAGGAAAGUCUUUCCCAGUCUCAAACGUCUCAGCCACCUUCUCCACAAGUGUUUUCACCAGGAUCUUCUAAUUCCCGACCACCAUCUCCAAUGGAUCCUUAUGCAAAAAUGGUUGGUACCCCUAGACCACCUUCUGGUGGCCAUAGUUUUCCCAGAAGAAAUUCCGUUACACCAGUGGAAAACUGUGUGCCUUUACCAUCAGUUCCUAGGCCCAUUCAGAUGAAUGAGACCACAGCCAGUAGGCCAUCCCCAGCCAGAGACUUGUGUUCUUCCUCCAUGACAAACAGUGACCCCUAUGCAAAGCCUCCUGAUACACCUAGGCCCAUGAUGACAGACCAGUUCCCCAAACCUUUUAGCCUUCCUAGGUCUCCCAUAGUUUCAGAACAAACAACAAAAGGUCCUCUAGCAGGUGGAACCAGUGAUCACUUUACUAAACCAUCUCCUAGGGUAGAUGCAUUUCAGAGGCAACGGAUAUCUGACCCAUACUCACGACCAUUGUUGACACCUGCCCCAGUUGAUAUUGGGCCUGGACCUUUUAAGACCCCACUGCACCCUCCUCCAUCUCAGGAUCCUUAUGGAUCAGUAUCACAGGCAUCAAGACGAGCAUCUGUUGACCCUUAUGAAAGGCCUUCCUUGACUCCAAGACCUGUAGAUCCUUUUUCUCAUAGUCAGGCAAGUGAUCCAUACAGCCAGUCUCCCCUAACUCCACAUUCAGCGAUGAAUGACUCUUUUACCCAUUCAUCAAGGGCCUUUUCUCAGCCUGGAACCAUAUCAAGGACAGCAUCUCAGGACCCAUACUCUCAACCCCCAGGAACUCCACGCCCUGUUAUAGAUUCUUAUUCCCAACCCUCAGGAACAGCUCGGUCCAAUCCAGAUCCUUAUUCUCAACCUCCUGGUACUCCCCGGCCUACCACUAUUGAUCCGUAUAGUCAGCAGCCGCCAACCCCCAGGCUUUCUCCACAGACAGACAUGUUUGUUACUUCUUCAACAAAUCAGAGACACUCUGAUCCAUAUGCUCACCAUCCUGGAACCCCAAGACCUGGAAUUUCUGUUUCCUAUUCUCAGUCACCAGCAACACCAAGGCCAAGGACUUCAGAGGGUUUUACCAGGUCCUCAGGUGCAAGACCAACCCUCCUGCCAAACCAGGAUCCUUUUCUGCAAGGAGCACAAAACCGAGCACCAACUUUAUCUGGCCCUUUGGUGAGGCCAAGUGAUACAUGUUCCCAGACACCAAGGCCACCUGGAACUGGCCUUCCAGACACAUUCAGCCGUGCUUCCCCAUCUGCUGCUCGUGAUCCCUAUGAUCAGCCUCCAAUGACUCCAAGGCCCCAGUCUGACUCUUUUGGGACUAGUCAAGCUGUCCACGAUAUUGCUGACCAUCCAGGGUCUGGGUCAGAGGGAAGCUUCAGCACAUCUUCAAGCCUUCCUGUUAAUUCCCAAGGCCAGCAGUUCUCUAGUGUCUCCCAGCUUCCUGGAUCUGUCACAACUUCAGGAGGAACUGAUACACAGAACACUAUGACUAUGUCUCAAGCAGACACAGAGAAACUAAGACAGCGGCAGAAGCUGCGUGAAAUCAUUCUCCAGCAGCAGCAGCAGAAGAAGAUUGCUAGUCGCCAGGAGAAGGGGCCUCAGGAUACACCAGUAGUGCCUCACCCAGUGCCCCUUCCACCCUGGCAGCCAGAGAAUGUCAACCAGACUUUUACUCGACCUCCACCUCCCUAUCCUGGGAACAUUAGAUCACCUGUUAUUCCUCCACUAGUACCUAGAUACCCAGUUUUCCCCAAAGAUCAGCGUGGACCCUAUCCUGAUGUAGCUGGUAUGGCGAUGAGACCUCAUGGAUUUAGAUUUGGAUUUCCAGGAGGUAGUCAUGGUCCCAUGCCAAGUCAGGACCGCUUCCAUGUGCCUCCUCAGCAAAUGCAAGGAUCUGGAAUUCCUCCACACCUAAGAAGAUCAAUGUCUGUGGAAAUGCCCAGGCCUUCAAAUAAUCCACCAAUGAAUAAUCCAGUUGGGCUUCCUCAGCAUUUUCCACCACAGGGUCUGCCAGUUCAACAGCAUAACAUACUGGGCCAAGCCUUUAUUGAAUUGAGGCAUAGAGCUCCUGAAGGAAGGCCACGGUUGCCCUUCACUGCUUCUCCUGGCAUGGAGUCACCUUCUCAUCCAAGACAUGGAAUCUUCAUUCCCCGACCAGAUUUUCCAGGCCCUAGACACACAGACCCUGUGAGACGACCUCCCCAGUGUUUACCUAAUCAGCUACAUGUACAUCCAAGUUUAGAACAGGUACCACCAUCUCAGCAAGAGCAAAGUCAUCCUGCCCAUCAGUCGUCUAUGGUCACAAGGCAUCCUUUAGGUGGUGAAUUUUCUGAGGUUCCUUUGUCAGCAUCUACCCCAGCUGAAGCAACAUCUGAUGACUUACAGAUAACCAACCAGUCUUCCAAUGGCUUGGAGGAAAAACUGGAUUCUGAUGACCCUUCCGUGAAAGAACUAGAUGUUAAAGACCUUGAAGGGGUAGAAGUCAAAGACUUGGAUGAUGAAGAUCUUGAAAAUUUAAAUUUAGACACAGAGGAUGGCAAGGGUGAUGAGCUGGAUACUUUGGAUAAUUUGGAAACAAAUGAUCCUAACCUGGAUGACCUCUUAAGGUCUGGGGAAUUUGAUAUCAUUGCAUAUACAGAUCCAGAACUUGACCUGGGAGAUAAAAAAAGCAUGUUCAAUGAGGAAUUAGACCUCAGUGUUCCAAUCGAUGAUAAUCAGUGUGCUGCUGUUGAUCCAAAAAAAAAGGAGCAGGAAGAGAAAACUGUUGUCCUCUCUGAUGACUGUCUGCCACAGAAAAAAUGCACUGCUGCCAGUGAUAUAAAAACCGAAGUCCUAUCUCCAGAUGCUGAAGAAGCAGCACAGUGCGAAGCUAAGAACAGUGACGAGAGUGAAGGUGACGGUGACGCUCCGGGUUCGCAGGCUUCUCACACAGACCCCGGUGAGGGAGAGAAGGCUUUGCUGCCUACUGACCCAGAAAUGCUUGAGAAAAAUGAUGGAGAAAAUGCUGGCCCUAGUGGCAGUGCCAUUCAAGGCUCCACUCCUCUGCCUGCUCAGGAUGUGAUGAACUCUUGUGACAUCACUGGAUCAACUCCAGUCCUCUCAAGUUUACUCUCUAAUGAAAAAUCUGAUCAUUCAGACAUUAGGCCUUUAGGGUCUUCCCCACCAGCUCUGCCCAUCUCACCAUCCAGUCUUGGGUCAAGUUUGCCUCCUACUUUAAUAGCACCACCUGGCCCACUUUUGGAUAAUGCCAUGAAUUCUAAUGUAACAGUAGUCCCUAGGGUAAACCAUGCUUUUUCUCAGGGUAUGCCCGUAAAUCCAGGAUUCAUUCAGGGUCAGUCAUCAGUGAACCACAGUUUAGGCACAGGAAAACCUACAAAUCAAACUGUGCCUCUUACAAAUCAGUCCAGCACCAGUGGCAUAUCUGGACCCCAACAGCUAAUGAUUCCUCAAACAUUAACUCAGCAGAAUAGAGAGAGACCCCUCCUUCUAGAGGAACAGCCUCUGCUUCUACAAGAUCUUCUGGAUCAGGAGAGGCAGGAGCAGCAGCAGCAAAGACAAAUGCAAGCCAUGAUUCGUCAGCGGUCAGAACCGUUCUUCCCCAACAUUGAUUUUGAUGCAAUUACAGAUCCUAUAAUGAAAGCCAAAAUGGUGGCUCUUAAAGGCAUCAAUAAAGUUAUGGCACAGAACAAUCUGGGCAUGCCACCAAUGGUGAUGAGCAGAUUCCCCUUCAUGGGCCCAUCAGUUGCUGGAGCACAGAACAGUGAAGGCCAGAGUCUGGUGCCACAAGCUGUCGCCCAGGAUGGCAGUAUAACACAUCAGAUUUCUAGGCCUAAUCCUCCAAAUUUUGGUCCAGGCUUUGUCAACGACUCUCAACGUAAGCAGUAUGAGGAGUGGCUGCAGGAGACGCAGCAGCUUCUCCAGAUGCAGCAGAAGUACCUGGAAGAACAGAUUGGUGCACACAGAAAGUCAAAGAAGGCCCUUUCAGCAAAGCAGCGCACGGCCAAGAAGGCAGGGCGCGAGUUCCCAGAGGAGGACGCGGAACAACUCAAGCAUGUUACAGAGCAGCAGAGCAUGGUUCAGAAGCAGCUGGAGCAGAUUCGUAAACAACAGAAAGAGCAUGCUGAGCUGAUUGAAGAUUAUCGGAUCAAACAGCAGCAGCAGCAGCAACAGCAGCAGCAGCAGCAGCAGCAGCGUGCCUUGCCCCCUCCCAUCCUCAUGCAAGGUGUUCAGCCCCAGCCACCUCUGGUUCCAGGUGCCACUCCACCCACCAUGAGUCAGCCUGGCUUCCCCAUGGGACCGCAGCAGCUGCAACAUCAGCAGCACACAGCUGUUAUCUCUGGCCAUACUAGCCCUGCUAGAAUGCCCAGUUUACCUGGAUGGCAACCUAAUAGUGCUCCUGCUCACCUUCCCCUUAAUCCUCCCCGGAUUCAGCCCCCAAUUACCCAGCUACCUAUAAAAACUUGUACACCAGCCUCAGCGCCAGGGUCAAGUGCAAACCCACAGAGUGGACCACCACCACGAGUAGAAUUUGAUGACAACAACCCUUUUAGUGAAAGUUUUCAAGAGCGGGAGCGGAAGGAACGCUUGCGUGAACAGCAGGAAAGACAACGAAUUCAACUAAUGCAAGAGGUAGACAGACAGAGAAUUUUGCAGCAGAGGAUGGAAAUGGAGCAGCAUGGGCUGAUGGGCUCUGAGCUAGGCAAUAGGACACCGGUGUCCCAGAUUCCUUUCUAUGGUUCUGACAGACCUUGUGACUAUUUGCAACCCCCAAGAGCCCUUCAGCAGUCUCCACAACACCAGCAGCAAAUGGGGUCAGUUUUACAGCAGCAGAAUGUCCAAGGGUCUGUUCAUUCACCCCCCACCCAAACUUUCAUGCAAACCAGUGAGCGAAGGCAGAUUGGACCGCCCUCCUUUGUUCCAAACUCACCAUCUGCUCCUGGUGGAAGCCCAAGCUUCCAUUCUGUUAAGCAAGGGCCUGGAAGUCUUUCUGGGACCGGCUUCCAGCAGUCCUCACUGAGGCCUCCAUUUGCCCCUGUCUUACCAGGAACACCUGUAGCAAAUGGCAGUCUCCCAUGUGGCCAAGAGCCUGCUGUAACCCAUGGACAGGAUUGUCCAGGAUCGGGCCAGUCCCUCAUUCAGCUGUACUCUGAUGUAAUCCCAGAAGAAAGGGGGAGAAAGAGAAGAACGAGGAAAAAGAAAAAAGAUGAGGAUGCGGAACCCACCAGAGCACCGUCAACCCCCCACUCAGACGUGACUGCACCCCUCACUCCAGGGGCCUCAGAAACUACCUCCACUCCUACAGUGAACAUGGCCAAUGAGCUUCCUCAGCAAGGGGAGCAAGAGGCAGUGGAGCCGCUGGGCCCAUCAGCUCCCAGUAUGGCAGAAGACCAACUAUAUGCAGAAUUAGAAAACAAACUUCCCAUCACUGAAUCCACAGAAGAAACCCCAAAUCAACAGACGCAUGCUAAUUCAGAGGCAGAUCAGCCCUCCAUGGAAGCCACUGCCAAAAAUGAAGAGAUAAAACUGGAAAAGGCUGAGCCAGAGCCACCCCCAGGUCAGGAGGAAACCAACUUGGAAGAAAAAACUGGUAAUAAGGUAGAAGGUUCUCUGGGUGGUCCCAUCUCCUUGGCCCAGAGUCCUCCCCGUCCUGCAGGAGCUCCCGUCACCAAAGUAGAUACAGGGAACGAGCUGCUGAAACACCUAUUGAAAAAUAAGAAGGCCUCUUCCGUUGUAAAUCAGAGACCUGAGGGCACUUUCUCUUCAGACGACAGCUCUGCAAAGGAUAGUAAACUGCUUGAGAAGCAGAACCCGGCGGAAGGGUUGCAAACUUUGGGGGCUCAAAUGCAAGGUGGUUUUGGAUGUGGCAACAGCCAGUUGCCAAAAACAGAUGGAGGAAGUGAAACCAAGAAACAGCGAAGCAAACGGACUCAGAGGACGGGGGAGAAAGCAGCACCUCGCUCAAAGAAAAGGAAAAAGGAUGAAGAGGAGAAGCAGGCUGUGCACUCCAGCUCCGACUCCUUCACCCACUUGAAACAGCAGCUCUCUCUGCUCCCUCUAAUGGAACCCAUCAUUGGAGUGAACUUUGCGCACUUUCUUCCUUAUGGCAGUGGCCAAUUUAAUAGUGGGAACCGACUUCUAGGAACUUUUGGCAGUGCCACCCUUGAAGGGGUUUCAGACUACUAUUCUCAGUUGAUCUACAAGCAGAAUAAUUUAAGUAAUCCUCCAACACCCCCUGCCUCUCUUCCUCCUACACCACCUCCCAUGGCUUGCCAGAAGAUGGCAAAUGGUUUCGCAACAACUGAAGAACUUGCUGGAAAAGCUGUGUUGGUGAACCAUGAAGUUACCAGAACUUUAGGACCGAAGUCCUUUCAGCUGCCUUUCAGGCCUCAAGAAGACUUACUGGCUAGAGCUAUUGCUCAAGGCCCAAAGACAGUGGAUGUUCCAGCGUCACUUCCAACACCACCUCAUAAUAACCAUGAGGAAUUAAGGAUGCAGGAUCACUAUGGUGAUCGCGAUACUCCUGACAGUUUUGUCCCCUCAUCUUCUCCUGAGAGUGUGGUUGGGGUAGAAGUGAGAAGGUACCCAGAUCUGUCGUUGGUCAAAGAGGAGCCUCCAGAGCCAGUGCCAUCCCCCAUCAUUCCAAUUCUUCCUAGCACUGCCGGGAAAAGUUCAGAAUCAAGAAGGAAUGACAUCAAAUCUGAGCCAGGCACUUUAUUUUUUACCUCACCUUUUGGCUCAUCCCCAAAUGGUCCCAGAUCGGGUCUCAUAUCUGUAGCAAUCACCCUGCACCCUACAGCUGCUGAGAACAUUAGCAGUGUUGUGGCUGCGUUUUCCGAUCUUCUUCACGUUCGAAUUCCUAACAGCUAUGAGGUUAGUAAUGCUCCAGAUGUUCCAUCCAUGGGUUUGGUCAGUAGCCACAGAGUAAACCCAGGUUUGGAGUAUCGACAGCAUUUGCUUCUUCGUGGGCCUCCACCAGGAUCUGCACAUCCUCCCAGAUUAGCGAGCUCUUACCGGCUGAAGCAGCCUAACAUACCAUUUCCUCCAGCAAGCAAUGGACUUUCGGGAUAUAAGGACUGCAGUCGUGGCAUUGCCGAAAGUGCAGCGCUCCGUCCACAGUGGUGUUGUCACUGCAAAGUGGUUAUUCUUGGAAGUGGUGUGCGGAAGUCUUUUAAAGAUCUGGCCUUUGUGAACAAGGAUUCCCGAGAAAACACCAGGUGGCUAGAAAAGGAUAUUGUCUUCUGUAGUAAUAACUGCUUCGUUCUUUAUUCGUCUACUGCACAAGGAAAACCAGAAAACAAGGAAUCCCUUCCUUUGAUGCCACAGUCCCCUAUGAAGGAGCCUUCCAAAGCAUUUCACCAAUACAGCAACAAUAUCUCCACUUUGGAUGUGCACUGCCUCCCACAGUUCCAGGACAAAGCUUCCCCGCCUCCAUCACCUCCCAUCACCUUCCCUCCUGCCUUUGAAGCAGCCAAAGUCGAGGCCAAGCCUGAUGAGCUCAAGGUGACAGUCAAGUUAAAACCGCGGCUGAGGACUGUCCAUGGUGGGCUUGAAGACUGCAGGCCACUGAACAAAAAGUGGAGAGGGAUGAAGUGGAAGAAAUGGAGCAUCCAUAUUGUAAUCCCCAAGGGGACCUUUAAGCCACCAUGUGAAGAUGAAAUCGAUGACUUUCUAAGGAAGCUGGGCACUUGUCUUAAACCUGACCCUGUGCCCAAAGACUAUCGAAAGUGUUGCUUUUGUCACGAAGAAGGUGAUGGGCUAACAGAUGGACCAGCACGGCUGCUCAACCUUGACUUGGACCUGUGGGUCCACUUGAAUUGUGCUCUCUGGUCCACAGAGGUCUACGAGACUCAGGCUGGUGCCUUAAUAAAUGUAGAGCUAGCCCUGAGGAGAGGACUGCAAAUGAAGUGUGUCUUCUGUCAUAAGACAGGUGCCACCAGUGGGUGCCACCGGUUUCGAUGCACCAACAUUUAUCACUUUACUUGCGCCAUUAAAGCACAAUGCAUGUUUUUUAAGGACAAAACUAUGCUUUGUCCCAUGCACAAACCAAAGGGAAUCCAUGAGCAGGAGCUAAGUUACUUUGCAGUCUUCAGGAGGGUGUAUGUGCAACGCGACGAGGUACGGCAGAUUGCUAGCAUCGUGCAGAGAGGGGAACGGGACCAUACUUUUCGGGUUGGAAGCCUCAUCUUCCACACGAUUGGUCAGCUGCUUCCCCAGCAGAUGCAAGCCUUCCACUCUCCAAAAGCACUCUUCCCGGUGGGCUACGAAGCCAGCCGGUUAUACUGGAGCACACGCUAUGCCAAUAGGCGCUGCCGCUACCUGUGCUCCAUCGAGGAGAAAGGUGGGCGGCCAGUGUUUGUCAUCAGGAUUGUAGAGCAAGGCCAUGAAGACCUGGUGUUAAGUGACUUGUCACCUAAAGGUGUUUGGGAUAAGGUUUUGGAGCCUGUGGCACGUGUGAGGAGAAAGUCUGAAAGGCUGCAACUGUUCCCCGCAUACUUGAAAGGAGAGGACUUAUUCGGCUUAACAGUUUCCGCAGUGGCACGGAUAGCUGAAUCACUGCCUGGGGUUGAGGCAUGUGAGAACUACACCUUCCGAUACGGCCGGAACCCUCUCAUGGAGCUGCCCCUGGCCGUGAACCCCACAGGCUGCGCCCGCUCCGAACCUAAGAUGAGUGUCCAUGUCAAGAGGUUCGUGUUAAGGCCUCACACCUUGAACAGCACCAGCACCUCCAAGUCAUUCCAGAGCACAGUCACUGGAGAGCUGAACGCACCCUAUAGUAAGCAGUUCGUCCACUCCAAGUCAUCUCAGUACCGGAGAAUGAAGACUGAAUGGAAAUCCAAUGUGUAUCUGGCUCGGUCUCGGAUCCAGGGACUGGGCCUCUAUGCUGCUAGAGACAUUGAGAAGCACACCAUGGUCAUUGAAUAUAUUGGAACUAUUAUUCGAAAUGAAGUAGCAAACAGGAAAGAGAAACUUUAUGAGUCCCAGAACCGUGGCGUGUACAUGUUCCGCAUGGACAAUGACCAUGUAAUUGAUGCAACGCUCACAGGAGGGCCUGCAAGGUACAUCAACCAUUCGUGUGCCCCGAACUGUGUGGCAGAAGUAGUGACUUUUGAGAGAGGACACAAGAUUAUCAUCAGCUCCAACAGGAGAAUCCAGAAAGGAGA